AUCUAUGUGGUUGAGCGAGGUCCAGAGGCUGAACAAGCAACCUCAUGAUGAUCUUAUUUAGCAUUGGAACCCUUUGUAUUAUGUGAAAGAUUCCUCCGCCAUGGCUGCUCCUUUUCUAAGCUCCCCUCUUCAAAUCACAUCCACUUCUCCGAUUCUCUUCACUAAAGUGACUCCCACAAACCAAAUCCAUUUCAACCAGAGAACAGCAUCAACAUGCACAUCCAACAAACUCCGUCUCCUCCGCCGUUCCGCUGCCGCUGGUACCGCCGUGACGGAUCAGACAGAAGGAGGAGAAGAGGUUCUGAUAAACCCCACGCCUGAAGAGGAGAAACGUGAAGAGGUGGUGGAUUACGAUUGGACAGAGGAGUGGUACCCUCUGUACCUCACCAGAGACGUUCCCGACGAUUCGCCGCUUGGUCUCACCGUCUUCGAUCGCCAAAUCGUGUUGUACAGAGACGGCGAGGGAACGCUUCGCUGUUACGAAGAUCGGUGUCCACAUCGGUUAGCUAAGUUGUCUGAAGGACAAUUGAUUGAUGGGAGGUUGGAAUGUUUGUACCAUGGUUGGCAAUUUGAAGGAAAUGGCAAAUGCGUCAAGAUACCACAGCUUCCUGCGAGUGCCAAGAUUCCAAAGGUUGCUUGUGUGAAGACCUACGAGGUGAAGGAUUCACAGGGAGUUGUGUGGGUUUGGAUGUCGACAAAGACGCCUCCAGACCCUGAAAAACUUCCUUGGUUUGAGAAUUUCGCUAGACCCGGUUUCUAUGACAUCUCGGGUGUUCACGAGCUACCUUACGAUCACUCCAUCCUUCUAGAGAAUCUUAUGGAUCCGGCUCAUGUCCCUAUCUCUCAUGACAGAACUGACUUCACUGCCAAAAGAGAAGAUGCUCAGCCGCUUGUCUUUGAGGUCACGGAGAGAACUAACCGUGGUUUCGCAGGGACUUGGGGACGGGAGAAAGAAGGCGGGAAGGGGAGUAAUUUACUCCGGUUUAGUGCUCCAUGUGUUCUGCAGAACAACCGGGAGUUUGAGGGAAAGGACGGGGUGAAGAACUACUUUUCAGGGCUGUUUCUUUGUAGACCUACAGGACAAGGGAAGUCUAUGCUUAUAGUUAGGUUUGGUGUCACGAAAAGAUCGCCUUUGGUUCAGGUAUUACCUCUAUGGUUCUGGCAUCAGAAUGCAUGCAAGGUCUUUGAACAGGACAUGGGGUUUCUAUCGUCACAGAACGAGGCUUUGAUGAAGGAGAAAGUACCAACUAAGGAGUUAUAUCUGAACCUAAAGUCAUCAGACACGUGGGUUGCUGAAUAUAGAAAGUGGAUGGACAAAGUUGGUCAUGGGAUGCCUUACCAUUUCGGGCAUAGGACGAUCUCUCUCCCUAAGGUCCCUCCUGUAGUGGAACACGCCCCUGCAGGACUCAUUGCAGGUCUCUCGGCUUCGUACCCUGCAAAAGGUGGAAUUGGUACUAUGCAGGCUCCCAAUUUGGCUAACCGCUACUUCAGACAUGUGAUCCAUUGUAGAAGCUGCAGCAAAGUGAUCAAAUCUUUUGAACUCUGGAAAAAUAUCCUCUUUGGUACAGCCGUGGCCUUGACGGCUUUGGCCAUUCUGGUGGUUAGUAGACAGUGGAAGGCUGUACUGUUAGGUUCAGCUACGUUGUGCUCGGCCGCAGCUUAUGCUUGCUUAAGAGCUAUACAAAUGAACACCAAUAACUUCAUUAGAACACACAGAAGACUAUGAAAAUGUAUACCGGCAUGUCGCUUCUUCCUACCAUUUGUAUUUCAUGAAAUACUAUUUUGCUUGUAAUCAUGAAGUUUCUAUAUUUUUAAAACUUGAGCCAUUUCUUUUCUUU